AAUAACUAAAUGCUGCCUCAUCCUGCUUGGUUCUUGUUCUUGGAACAUGCAGAAGAUCGGUUCCAGACGACCUUAGGGGUCUAGAUGUCUCAUAGGAAUCUAACAAAUCAAGCAUGUAUUUUGGUCCAAGGCCAUUAAGUAUUUUGUAGACGAGCAGUAGUAUUUUAUAGUCUAUCCUUUGACUCACUGGAAGCCAGUGUGGCGAUUUCAAAACUGGUGUAAUGUGGUCCAGCUUCCUUGUAUUUGUGAGGACUGCAGCAUUCUGUACUAGCUGCAGCUUCCUGACUGAUUUUUUUUAUCAAGACCCGUAAAUAUACCGUUGCAAUAGUCCAAUCUGCUGAAAAUGUUUUUCCAUGUCUUGUUGAGUCAGAAGCCUCUUAAUUCUGGUUAUAUUUUUUAGGUGGUAAUAAGCGAAUUUAGUGACGGACUUUCGAUGGCUAUCAAAUUUUAGGUCUGAGUCAAUAAUUACGCCAAGGUUUCUGACUUGAUUUGUAGCUGUAAGUGACAUUGAGCUAAGUUGCCUGCUUAUCUUUGACCUUUCCUUUUUUGGCCCAAAAAUGAUCACCUCUGUCUUCUCCACAUUUAACUGGAGAAAAUUCUGGCACAUCCAUUCAUUGAUUUGAUGAAUGCAUUUACUCAGGGAGACUAAGGGACUAUAAUCAUGUGGGGACACAGAAAUGUACAGUUGUGUGUCAUCUGCAUAGGCAUGAUAGGAGAUGUCAUACUGUUCCAUUAUCUGAGCUAAGGGAAGCAUAUAGAUGUUAAAUAAGAGUGGUCCCAGAAUUGACCCUUGAGGGACUCCACACGUGAAUUUGGUUCGUUCUGACUGAUGGUUUCCGAUUGACACAAAGAAAUCUCUAUCAUGUAAAUAGGAUGUGAACCACUGAAGUAGAACAAAAACUACCACUUUUUUUUUUAACUGAUUAAUUAGUCAUACUGUAUGUUCAAUUUUUAUAUUGUUGUUGCUUUGUAUAUACUGUUUGUGGUAUCGGAGAAGAGCAUCAAUAGAGCAUCGCUACAAUCUACUGUACAUUAAAAGUUUUAACUACUCAUUUACUGAUGGGAGGGCUGUUAGUGCUCAUUCACUGGCAGCCCUCCCUUUGAAAAUUGAUCUGACGUCUAACCCCAUCAAUCGCCGCCAAUGAGUUAAACUGUACCGUAUUUGGAGUGAUAUUUUAAAAUGCAUUUUUAAUUUAGUGUUAUUUUGGGUUUAGUUCUCCUAAUAUUACCCAGUCAUUCAAACUACUGUAUCAACUAAUUUGAGAUAUCUUGGGAAUUAUUUCCACUUCCAUAUCCACAAUUUGAUUUAAGCUUUACCUAAUUUAAGUGUAAUUUCUACAGAAUUGCAUAUAAUUUUGUACUAAAUUUUAAUCUGACAGUGCAUUCUAUUUUAAGCCCCAUUGCCUUCACAGUGUAUGAUGUGUGUAGACAUGAGCUGGAGUCAGAGGAGGCAGUCGCUGUGUUCACGUGUUCUCGCUCACACAAACUCAGUCACAUGGAUGAACAGAGGCACACACGGGUAGAGAAACUCCUCAUUAACUAAUGAGCGCUAAGAUACACAUAUGGACUGAUUCUGUAGAGCAAUCCACAUCAGCGCGCUGGUCUCUCACUGCUGUCAUCUCUCCUCAUUGAUGAAGUGAAGCAUUCUGCUGGUGGCCCGUCUCUCUUCUCCUGACUCCAAAGCAUGGAGGCUGUGGCGCUUUUCUCCUUCACUGCAUCCGAAGCAGACGAACUCAGCUUCCAGAAAGGGGACAUCGUCAAGGUGACAGAAAUGGAGGAGGAUUCAUGCUGGUUUACAGCUGAGAUCGAAGGCAAAAAGGGCUUUGUGCCAGAGAACUACAUUUCUCUCCUGCCUCAUCCGUGGUUCGCGGGCCGAGUGUCGAGACUGGAGGCGGAGCGGCGUCUGCACUGGCGGGACAGCGGAGUGUUUGUAGUGAGGGAGAGUGAGUCAGCUCCUGGAGAGUUCUCCUUAUCUGUUAGCUACGGGGACAGGGUGGAACAUUUCCGAGUGCUGGAGGGGGGAGGUCAGUACUGCAUCUGGGAUGAGUCCUUUAUUUCCCUUAACCGGCUGGUGGACUUCUACAAGACGCACAGCAUAGCUGUGGAGAAGGUGGUCUACCUCCAAGAUCCGCCUUCGGAUGUGUCAUCCCGCCAGGGUACUCACAGUGGCCGUAACCCUUACCCCAACCCGUACAAGAGCUCCUCUCUGGAGUCCCUCCCUUCUGCACGCCUCCACGGGCCACAUCCCCUGAGAGAGGCAUCCUCCAUGCAGCUGCUGGAACACAUUUUGGGGAAACCACGCCUGGCUCAUGCCCUAUGUGACUAUGCCCCGCCGCACACCGCCCACCUGCACUUCCUGCGCGGUGACCUCAUCGACCUGCUGGACUGCUCCAGCUCACGUUGCUGGAGGGGGCGCUGCCGCGGGCGAGUUGGAGUCUUUCCUCCACAGUGCGUGCAACCGUUGUACCACUGAUAAAAAAAAUAUCACAUCAAACACAGAGCAAAUACAGAGCUGUAUCACUGCCACUGAAACAUGGCCUGCCAAGUAAUCAAACAAUUCAGUUGAACCUCUAAUUCAGGAGCGUCAAACUAAUUUUUGCCACAGGCUACAUCGUAGGUACACAAGGCCAUUAUAAUAACGAACCCAUAAAAACUGAUCAUCAUCUCACGUACACAAAUUCUGUGGUACCUGGUUUUAACCCUUCCAGGCACAGCGGUCACAACAGUGGCCAGCGAUUCAAAAGUUGACACUUAAGACAUUUAACCAUUUAUAGCGCAAGUGAAUAUUUUUUUGUACUUUUUUUAAGACACUUAACACCUUUAACCCUUUAUAAUAAUAAUACAUUUUAUUUAUAGAGCGCUUUUCAAGACACGCAAGUAUGCUUUACAAGAAAGAUGGUAACACAAUAGUCCAAAAGGAAUAAUAAAACAAUCAUAAAAGUAGAUUAAAAGCAUAAGAUAAGCAGGAUAAGAGUACUGUCAUUUUUGGACUAUAAGCCGUUACUUUUUUCUUUCACUUUGAAUCCUGCGGCUUAUCGUCCAGUGUGGCUUAUUUGUUGAUUUAUUUGGGUUAAUAGGUAACACUUUAUUUGACAGCGGUGUCAAAAGACUGGAUCUUUUACAUCCAUUCAAAAGUGAGAUACUUUGACGGAUAACACUAAAUAAUAUCUGUUAUAAGCAUUCAUUAAUGCUCACAAUAGUGUCAUAUCCUAAUUAUGAUAGUCUUAUGACAGUUUUAUGGCACCACUGUCAAAUAAAGUGUUACCAAACACCAUAACUAGCAAUUAAUGAAAUAACUGGAACAGUAACUGAAGAGAUAAUUACCACUGAACAUGAGUUUUGAUUGUUAUUUACAUCUGUAGAGCUGCAAUGCAUGCUAAGAGGCAUGUUGAACUACAACUGCAGCAGAGAUUGACUGUCUCCCCCAAGAGAGCAGUGACAGCCAAAUGAAGCAUCUUGAAGCAAUGAAGCUUUGAACCAAUUGGCUGCAAAGCGUCAUUGCUUCAAGAUGCUUAAUUUCAUGGUGGUUCAUUUGGUCUUAUGACAGUUGUAUGAUGCCGCUGUCAAAUAAAGGGUUAUCGGUGAAUAUAUUUUGGUGUAAAUAUCCGAUAUUUCAGUGAGGACAGCUGCGUCUAGUACAGUGCAGCUUAUCUAUGAACAAAUGCCGUUUUUCUGCCAAAUUUGGUGGGUGCGGCUUAUAGUCAGGUGCGCCUUAUCGUGCUAAAAUUACGGUAAAUUAAAAGUUUAAGAGGUCAGGAUAAAACCAAGAUAAGGAUCAUGGUGGGUAAGAAAGUGUAAACAGGUGUGUUUUGAGUCUUGAUUUGAAAAGUGAGAAAGUAGAUACUGUAUAUUGCGAAGAUCGGGGAGAAGGGAGUUCCAGAGCUUGGGGGCACAGUGACUAAAAGCUCUGGAACCGAAGGUGGCGAGACGGAUACAGGCGACCAAAAGGUGGAGGAUAGAGGAGGAGCGAAGUGAACGGGGGGGACAGUUAAUUCAGAGAAGAUUGCAAAGGUAGGAAGGAGCCAGGCCAUGGAGUGCUUUAAAGAUCAUUACAAGGAUCUUGUAAUUGAUUCUUAGUUUUACUUGGAGCCAGUGAAGUUGACGGAGGAUGAGGGUGAUGUGGUGGGGGUCCGAGUGAUGAGGCUUGCUGCUGAGUUUUGGAGGAGCUGCAGUUUCUGGAGGGACUUAUUUGGGAGACCGAAGAGCAGUGAGUUACAGCAAUUGAGCCGGGAAGUGACUAGACUACAGACAAGAGUGGAAGCGGUAUGGUAGGUGAGAGAAUGGAGGAGGCGAGAAAUAUUGCGAAGAUGGAAGUAGGCCUAUCUUGUGAUGUCGUUGAUAUGGGAGCGGAAGGAGAGCGUGCUGUCAAGGUAAUACACCUUUUAUAUAGCAACUGCCUUUUGAUUCUCAUUUUAAAAAAAACAACACUUUGCUAUUAUUUACAGUAUGUAAUAUAUACAAUUCCUAAUCAGUACUGUAUUUUUACAUUAUUUUUUAUAACUUUAUCUAAAUGUGAAAUGAAUACAGAGUUAAUAAAGACUAAAUACAAAUAAAAUGAAUAAAACAGAACACAUUGGUUACGGCCCCAAGUAAAGCGCUAAAGUUGUUGUUUUUUUCUUGGAUUUAACUCAUUGCAUGCUAUUGAUGGCGAUAGAUGUCCAAUUAAUUUAAACCGGGAAUACUGGUUGUAAAUGCUCAUAUUUCAGUGCUACUGUCGGCGUGCGUUCAUUGGCCUACAGCUGUCAAUGGCAGCCAAUGAGUUAAAAAAAAAAAAAAAUCUUAAUUUGUGCAAGAAAGGGUCAAAAUCAGAAACCAUUAAAAUCUUUUUGCAAGAAUUUAUUUCAAACAAACUCCCCAUUUAUCUUAAUUUAUUUAAAUGUAUCCAUCCACAAUGUUGAUAUUUUGGCAAUGAACAGAUACUUAAUGCAUAGGAUUUGCUCUCGUGGUUUUGCAAGCCACAACAAAUAAUAUGGCGGGCCUGGUUUGAAUUUGACACAUGUGCUCCAAGGGCUCAUAUAGUGUUGUCCAGUUUGGAAUUUGACCAAAAUUACCUUUUUUUUGCCUUUUCCUUUAGUCCUCCCACACCCGAUAUUAUUUGUUGAAAAAAGAACAGCAUUAAAUGAGUAGACUAUAAAGGGAAGAUUAUAUCAGGCAGAUUCACAUCCUGAGUAGGAAGUCCAGAAUCUUUCGCCAGGCUUGACCACGUGUAUUUAAUAAGUUUUACGUUGUAUUUAAUUAACAGGACUACAGUGUGUGAGGCAUAUCUGCAACAUAAGUCUCCCUUAACUUCACUAUACACACAUUCACAACAUUUAGGUUAAGAUUGACAUUAAUUGUCAGUAUUAUAAACUGCAUUUGAAGCAUCCAGUAAGGCACAGAGUAUGCAUGUUUAUUAAGAAUGUGGUGGUGGUCAAGCUACAAUAGAUGAAGAGCCUUAUUCUAAAUGUGUUGAACAAUUUAAUAUUACCAGAGGGCUGCUUAUUUUAAACCUCGUAUGGCAAUUAAGAUUGGAUUAAGUUUUUGCAAUGCAAACAGAUUGCAUUUUAAAUUUUGAGGUUACACUUUAAAGUAAAACUUGGAAAAUAUCUUAUUAAAUAUUUUGCUUUAUGAUAGUUUCUUUUAAAAUCCAAUCAGGAAUUAGCAUCUAAAUUUUUAUACACUUGAUGUCAGCUAGUUUGUCUCACAAACGUAUGUUUUUUCCCACUUUACUCUGUACGACUUAUACUCAACAGAAGCUUUACUGUUUUCAUGCUAUUGCAAUUGUCAGGCACAAAUGCUCAAUAUUUGCACAUGCUUUAACUUUCUAAAUGCUCUACUAUGAUGACCAAAACAGUGCUGCAGCUUUUGAUUAUUUAAGUAAUCGAUUAAUCUAUCAAUUAGCUUGAAUCAUCGAGUAAUCUGAUUGGAAAUAUUUAACGCGUAAAUUUAAGGAAAUGUUAUACAAAGUUUUGCUAAAAUAGCACUUUCAAAAUGCAAAAUAAAAUUCCCAAGUGUUUUUUCAAAGCAUGCAGAAUUGCACUUUCAUUUCAUAAGAGCAAUAAAUUAAAAAUGCAAAAAUAAAAACACCUGAGCUUAGCCUCAAAUGGUAAAAAUAAAUUAAUAAUAAAUGGGGAUCGUAAUAUAACAAAGGAACAAUUGGUUAACUUGCAUAGCAAGAGUCGGCCAGUUUAAAUGCUAUAAAAUGCAAACUUUUUUUUUUUAACAAUGCUCUCAACAAUUGUUCAAACAGAUAUUCCCACAAUAAACUGCUAAAUAUACCUUAAAAUUAAAUUAUGAAUGCAUACACAGUCAUAUUCCCUCAAACAUAAACUCACAACCUUAUGUUGGUCUUAACAGGAAAUAUGUUAACGUGUUAGAUGAGUUGUGUCAUAUUCACUGUUGCCACUAGAGGGCGGUGUACCCACCUAAAUCAAUAAAACUAAAUGCAAACACUUUCCAAACAUACCAUUACAAAACCACUCAAAUUAAACGAAUCCUUAAACCAGCAAAAUUUGAUUCGAAGCUUUUUUCCAAUCGAAUUACUCGAGUUUAUCGAUUAAUCGUUGCAGCACUUGACCAAAAGACAGCAAUACACGCUAUAUUAAUAGUUUAAUUGGUUUAUAUUUGUGUGAAUAUUGUGAAUGUUGCAAACCGUGUUCUUCAUCUUGUAACCCUUUUUAAGCUUGUAUUAUAAAUACUAAUAAAAAAAUAUUUUACGGUUGCUGUGGUUAUUUUUUAUAUCUCUGUCUGUCUGUUGUGAAUGUUUGAUAAGCCAAAUGAAAUCAAGUGUGGGGGGAAACAGGCAUAUGCAAUAUGAGGAGUCCUUUACCUCUUUAUAUAUUGAAAAUGAGGCCCACAUAUUUUCUAAGGCUAUUGUCUUCAUUAGGGUCACAGGGUAUGAAUUCCUGCAGCCUUUGGGCAAGAGGGACAGUACAGCCUGGACUGGUCCCCAACUAAUCACAAACACAGACGUUCACGGACACAUGUGAUUACUGAUCAUCUAUUGUGCUGCCUGGAAAAAGAAAAAAAAAAAAAGAGACCAAGACCAAAUUUGCUCAACAUUUAAUAAUUUUUCAAAUUCUUUACUCCUUAUUCAGUGAUCAAAUGCAUGUCAUUAUACAGGUGUCCAUAAAGUCUAC